AUGCCCGAGACAGCAGCUCAGGAGAAUCCCACUCCGCCCAAAGAAUCGUCCUUCUCCAUUAAAAACCUGCUGAACUGUGAUCGAAAGCCUUCGAAGCCCAAGACUUUGCUGUCAGCGGUGAAGGGGGUGGUUGAAGGUGCUGCCUUUCCCUUACCUCACUGCAGGGAGCCCGGAUUCCCAAGGUUUGAAAUCCCGGCGCAGAGAUUUGCGCUCCCGGCGCACUAUCUAGAGAGGUCGCCCGCCUGGUGGUAUCCCUGCACACUGUCACCGGGUGUCCACCUCCCAAGGACAGAAGCUACUGAGAAGGGCAGCGCGUGUGCGAGAGACUCCUCUCCGGACAGAGACUCUCCAGAGCCGGCGCUCAAAAUCGAGACAGAUCGCAAGGAAAAGGAAGAUUCCAAAAGUCUGGAAGAGAUCGUGCUGGAGGAAUCUAGCGACGCGGAGGAACAAAAGAAGGAGGACAAUAAUAACGAGGACUGGAAAAAAAGGGCAGAAAGUCCGGAAAGGAAGCCAUGCAGGAAGAAGAAAACACGCACGGUUUUCUCCCGGAGUCAGGUUUUCCAGCUGGAGUCGACCUUCGACAUGAAGCGCUACCUGAGCAGCUCGGAGAGAGCGGGACUGGCCGCCUCUCUCCACCUGACUGAGACGCAGGUUAAAAUCUGGUUCCAGAACCGCCGGAACAAGUGGAAAAGGCAGCUGGCUGCCGAGCUCGAAGCGGCCAACCUGAGCCACGCGGCUCAAAGGAUAGUCCGGGUGCCCAUUUUGUACCAUGAGAACUCGGCUUCGGAGUCUGGGAGCCCGGGUAACGCACCAGUCACUCAGCCUUUACUAACAUUCCCACAUCCAGCAUAUUACUCACAUCCUGUAGUCACAUCCGUACCCCUCCUGCGGCCAGUCUGA